ACCUCCUAUUAAACGUCAAUUAACCCUGAAACUCUACUCCUCACCAUCCCCAUAAACCCGUAAUUGCACGAUAGCCUGACGUAAACAACCGACCCACCUCCCUUCAAAAUUGAACCCGAACACUCAAAUCAAAAUCAAAAUCAAAAUCACACCCAAUCACAAAAUCAAAUAAACCCCACAAAUAUUUUCCUCCAUAAUCUGAAUUUCCUCCAAUUCCCAAAUCUAGAGAGAGAAAAUCAAAGAUGAACCCAACUGAAGAAGCCAUGGAUAAAGAGAGAGAGUGGGAGAUGAGGCCUGGUGGUAUGUUGGUUCAGAAGAGAGAGAAUGGUUUUGAUGAUGAUGCUGAUGAUAAUAAUAAUCUUCCUUUUUACAAGAUCAAGGUUGUUUAUGGCUCUUCUUCCUACGAAUUCGCCCUUCCUUGCAAAUUCACUUUUGGUGAGUUGAAGAAACUUCUUGUUCAAGAAACUGGGUUAGAGCCUGAGGACCAAAGGCUUUUCUUCCGUGGGAGGGAGAAGGAAGAUGGUGAGACUUUACAUAUGGCAGGUUUAAAGGACCACUCAAAGUUGUUGCUUAUGGAGCGUCCAGCUAGCAAGGAGAAAAAAAUGGAGGAGGCAAAAAAGAAAGAAGAAAUAUCUAAGGCAUUUGCUGCAAUUGCUGGAGUUCGGGCAGAGGUGGAUAAGCUUUCUCAAAGGUUUCCUUCUUAUAUGCAGGUCUCAUCCUUGGAAGCAUCUCUUUAUAAUGGAACAAAGGUAGAUGAAAAGGAAUAUAUCAUCUUAACAGAGUUGUUUAUGGUUCAAUUACUGAAAUUGGAUAGCAUUGAGGCCGAAGGAGAAGCAAAAACCCAGCGGAAGAAUGAGGUUCGUCGUGUGCAAGGCUUUGUGGAUACUCUGGAUGCCAUGAAGGCAAGAAACUCGCAUCCACAUGAUAAUUGCAGCAAUACUGUAGCAGUGACCACCAACUGGGAGACAUUUGAUUCUGGAGUUGGGAGCUUGACUCCACCUUCGGUUUCAUCAUCUUCAAAAGUAACAGAAGACUGGGAACGGUUUGAAUAGCUUAAUAUCGUCAUAUUUUUUUGGUGCAACUUAUAAUUUCAUUAUUGCUUGUACAAUCCAUUAGGGGACUUGUGUGAUUAUGAUUUUUUUGCCUGUGAUGGCUCCUCAUCAAUUCAAAGCUGUAUUUAACUCUUUGAAGUUUGGAGUAUGAAAGUUGCAUAUGAAGUUGUUGCCUAAAUUUUUUGAAGACAUUCAUCUAUGUAUAUGAUCACUUACCAAGGUCUAAUACCCAUGUUCACUA